AUGUCUUCGCCUCCCAUCGAUUCCAUGUCUUCUGUGGUUAGAACUCCAGACGCUGCUGUCAUCUUCCGCAACAUCCUUUCGUUCAUCAAGUUUAACCUGUCUUUUGCCUCUGAAGCUAUGACUGAAUCCAUUAUGGAAGAUGUCGUCUCGGAUAAUUUGGCCUUGAUAGGAAUGCUUAUUGGCUUCCUUGUCUGUUCAAUUUUGGGCUUCUUGAUGCUCAUUGACGCUGCAUUGAAAAUGGUCUAUCUCGCGUAUCUAUACAUCUGCGAGUUCACACCGUGGGCAAAAGCUGAGGAGCUCCAAAGGAGGGAGCGAGCAGUCACACUGAAGGAAACAUUGGUUGAAAAGAAGGCACGUCGGGUCAAGAUGGAUGUUGAGAUUGAAGCUUCUGCGCGACUUGUUCAAAUUCAUCGGGAGGCCAUGUUAUCUGCCGAGAAAAAAUUAGAAGAGUUAAACUUUGGUAAGCAGUUGAUUGAGGAGAGGGAAGAACAUCUGGCUUUGGAGGAGCAAGAGCUCAUUCGUAGCGCUACGACGAACAACGAGCAGGAUUUGUACUAA